UCUAUGCUGCAACAAAUUCUUAUGGAGUAAUCUAUUUUAUAGAUUUGUUCCUUUUUGUAAUAGUAGAUAGACGACCGUUGUGUUAUGACUUGUGGCGUGGAACAAAACAAGCAAAUGGCAUGGCGUGUGUUAGAUUGCCGAGCGGUUCAGUGACGAUUAUUUUGCCGGGAAGGUGCCUUUUUUGAAUGGUGGUUUAUGAUUUUAUUUGAUGAUUAACAUUCAGAAAAAAACAUCGUAAAAAUGUACAUAAAGUCAAUGGUACUUGAGGGCUUCAAGUCCUAUGGGAAAAGGAUAGAAAUUAAUGGAUUCGACCGAGAAUUCAACGCUAUUACUGGUUUGAAUGGCAGUGGUAAAUCCAAUAUAUUGGAUGCGAUAUGUUUUGUGUUGGGAAUUACGAAUCUUGGUCAGGUAAGAGCAAGCUCCCUGCAAGAGCUUGUGUACAAAUCAGGUCAAGCCGGGGUAAAAAAAGCUAGUGUAACCAUUGUGUUUGACAAUCGCAAAAAAGAAGUGUCACCUAUGGGAUACGAAGAUUAUGAGGAAAUAACAGUAACGAGACAAGUUGUUAUUGAUGGCAAGAAUAAAUACAUGAUCAAUGGAUCAAAUGUGCCUAAUAAAAGGGUUCAAGAUAUGUUCUGUUCUGUUCAGCUCAAUGUAAAUAAUCCUCAUUUCUUAAUCAUGCAAGGUAGAAUCACUAAAGUAUUGAACAUGAAGCCACCAGAAAUUCUAUCUAUGAUCGAAGAAGCUGCUGGCACUAAAAUGUAUGAAACUAAAAAGGCUCAGUCACUUAAGCUCAUUGAAAAGAAAGAUAGUAAAUUGCGUGAAAUUAACGAGAUUUUAAGAGAUGAAUUGGGUCCCAAAAUUGCCAAAUUGAAGGAAGAACGGCAACAGUACAUGGAAUAUCAAAGAGUUACAAGAGAAUUGGAGCAUUGCAAGAAAAUUUAUAUUGCUUGGAAGUAUAUUUGUGCACUGCGUAGUAGUGAGAAAGCUAAUGAGGAUGUUGCAGCAAUCAAACAAAAAGUAGACGAGAAACAAAAUAAUAUUAAAAAAGGAGAAUUAGAAAUAAAGAAUAUUGAAGAAACAAUAGUUGAAGUUACAAAUAAAAGACAAGCUGAACAAGAUAAUUCAAUGGGUGAACUAGAGCAAAACCUUCAUGAAGCAGAAAAAAGAGAACAUAAACUCACUGCUGAAAUAAACAGCAAUAAAGAAAAUAUUAAAGCAGCAGAAAUAAGCAUCAAACAAUUAAAAACAAAUAUUAAUGACGAUGAGAAAUUAUUGCAGACAAAAAUGAAAGAAAUAGAAACAGUAGGUGGAUUGUUUGAGAGCUUGAAAAAACAAGAUCGUUUGGAUGCAGAAGCAGUAGUGGCUGCCCAAGAAGCUUACCAGAAGAUUAGCUCUGGUCUACUCCAGUGUGAUGAUGGUACUAACGCAACAUUAGAACAACAGCUUAUAAAUGCCAAGCAAAAUCUUAGUCAAGCUCAGACAGAAAUAAAACAGUGUGAGAUGGCAUUGACUCAUAAUAGACAACAACUUGUUAAGAAAAAAACUGAUAUGCACAGCACUGUGAAUGAUUAUAAAAAUGAUAAUAAAAAAGUUGAUGAUAUGCAAAAAGAUUUGAAAAAUUUUGAAAAUGAAAUGAAUAAAUUGAAUUAUCAAGAAGGAUCCUUGGAAUCAUUACAGGAACAAAAAAGUGGUUUAGAACGAGAAAUCAGGGGAUUAAAAGAUGAUGUAGAUAGCUAUGAAUCAAGAUAUCCUCAACUCAGAUUUUAUUACAAAGAUCCUGAACCAAAUUUCAGAAGGCAAUCUAUAAAAGGACUUGUAUGUAAAUCAAUAACGGUUAAGGAUAAAAGAGCUGCUUAUGCAUUGGAAAUAGCUGCUGGAGGAAAGCUCUACAAUGUCAUGGUUGAUAAUGAAGAAAUAGGUAAAAAGCUUUUGAAGAAUGGACAAUUACAAACGCGUGUUACUAUCAUUCCACUUAACAAAAUAUCUGGACGUCCAAUGGAUCAGCGAAUUGUAGAUACUGCUCAAAAACUAGCAGGAGAAGAAAAUGUUCAGCCUGCAUUAUCACUGAUAGAUUAUCCUGAAGUGACAAGACCAGCAAUGCAGUAUAUUUUUGGAAAUGUCCUUAUUUGCAAAGAUAUGGAUGUUGCAAAAAGAGUUGCAUUCCAUUCAAACGUACAAAGGAAAUGUAUAACACUUCAAGGUGAUGUAGUUGAUCCUGCUGGUACUCUUUCUGGUGGUGCAGCAGCAAAGAGUGGAUCUAUUUUAUUAAAGUUAGAUGAAAUUAAAGAAGCUCAAACUGCUUUAAAUGAAAAAGAGCAGUGUUUAAACGAGAUUAUUCAGCGUAUUACCAAUAUCCACAAAACUGCUGAAAGGUUUAACAUAGUAAAGAGGCAAUUUAAUAUUAAACAACACGAGUUAGAAAUGGUAACACAAAGAUUGCAAAAAACUACUCAUCAUCAAUUAAAACAGGAGGUUGAAACAUUAGAAGCUUUAAUCAAAGAAUUAUCAGAAAAAAUGACAGCAGCAAAAGAAUUGGAAAAAGCAAGUACAAAACGUGCUAAAGAAAUUGAAGGACAGCUAAAAGAUGCUGAUAAUAUAAGAGAACGACAAUUGAAAGAAGCCGAAAAUAAGUUAAACACUUUGAAAAAAAGAGCUGAGGCAAGUAAAAGAGAAUGGCAAAAGAGAGAACAGGAAUCAGAAACGUUAAAUUUAGAAAUUUCUGAACUCACAAAGACCAUAGACUCUGGGAAAGAGCAAUUUAGAAAAGAAGAAAAAAAAUUAAGCGAUUUGAAAGAAAAAGAAAGCAACUUAAAAGAAAAACUUGAAGAGGCAAGUAAUACCGUAAAAGAGAUUCAGACGAAAGUAAAAGCUCGAAAAGAUGCAAUAAAUCAGCAUAACAUUGAAAUUCAAAAAUUACAACACAAAAAAGAAAAUAUUUUGAAACAAGUCGAAGAAACCGAGCUGGAAAUAAAAAAGUUAAAUCACGAAGUAACUGCCAUUAAAAAUACUGCUAACGAUUGCAAUAAUAAAAUUGCGGAUUGUUUACGCAAAAACGAUUGGAUUGAACAAGACGAAAAGUAUUUUGGUGAAAAAGGAGGCAUGUAUGAUUUUGAAAUUAAUAACCCUGAAGAGAUGGGUCAAAAAACUCGUGAUUUAGAAAGUUUACUUGCUAAAUUGAGCAGAACUGUUAACACACGAGCCAUGCAUCACCUUAAUCAAGAAGAAGAGCAGCAUAUGGAUUUGUUAAAGAAAAAGAAAAUUUUAGAGGGUGACAAGAGAAAAAUAUUAGACUCUAUUAAAAAGUUAGACGAAAAAAAGAAAAUGACUUUGUUUGAAGCAUGGGAGAAAGUCAACAAAGAUUUUGGCUCUAUAUUCAGUAGUUUACUUCCUGGAGCUGAUGCUAAACUAGAACCUCCAGAAAAUCAGACGUGUCUUGAAGGUUUAGAAGUAAAAAUAUCACUUUGUGGUGUGUGGAAAGAUUCAUUGGGUGAGCUGUCAGGAGGUCAAAGAUCUUUGGUAGCACUUUCGUUGAUUUUAGCCAUGUUAUUGUUUAAGCCGGCUCCUCUUUAUAUUUUGGACGAAGUUGACGCAGCCUUAGAUUUGUCGCACACCGAGAAUAUCGGUGUUAUGUUGAAACGUCAUUUCAAAAGUUCACAGUUCAUUAUUGUUUCAUUAAAAAAUGGUAUGUUUAAUAACGCUAAUGUACUUUUCAAGACGCGCUUUGUCGACGGUAUGUCGACUGUCACGAGAACUGAAAGGAUUAAGACAAAGUAACAAAACUUUAAGCGGAAUACCUCUCUUGUAUAUUAUAUAUUUUAAUUAAAUUUAAGACUCAAUUUUGUACAUUGACAUUGACAUUUAAGUAGCAUAUUUUACAUAGUGUUUAUAUAAUAAAUAAUAU